AUGUGGUCUGGCAAUCGCCACACCCACAGAGCGGCUUACGUUGACAAGUACAAGUGCAGGUAUUCGCCGGCCGGUACGCAAAAAUACCAGGAACGCCAAUUCCCAGCUGUCAGUCCAUGCCAAGCGAGGAUUCUGGAGAGUCAGCAGUUGCCAACGCCUCCGCCAGGAACCAAAAUGCACUGCGGACGAAUCGACAAUUUGCAACCCGAACAGACCUACGAAUUUCAGGUGGCUGCCCACGUCAACUGA